UUUGGCGACACCGUGAUGGCCUGUCCUGCGCCGUUUCGUUUCCACUUCAUGUCGCUCUUUGACCCGUUCAUUCUGUAGAUAUUGGUCCUUUCCGGUAGAUCCGCAUUCCAGGUUCUGCUGCAAUGGCGCCACGAACGGUGCUGCUCGCGCUCGCGAAUCUUUUGAUUCCGGCCGCUAUUUUGAUCUUCGCGACUGGUUUCUUCCCGUACAAACCAUUUAUGCCAGGACUUGCCGAGUAUGAGGAGAUAUCGUUACACGGAAAGAGCGGAGAGCAUGGACAGCCUCCCGAGGCCCCAUUCGACAAGCUGAUAUUCAUGGUCGUAGAUGCGCUGAGGAGCGACUUCGUUUACGGCGAGGAGAGCGGGAUGAGCUUUGUUCAGAGCCUCAUCCGUGACGGUACUGCUCUCCCCUUCACAGCCCACGCUACGUCCCCCACCAUCACCAUGCCACGCGUGAAAGCCAUAACCACAGGCUCUAUACCCUCCUUCCUCGACGUGAUACUCAACUUCGCCGAGUCAGACACGACCUCCACUCUCGCGACACAAGAUACCUGGCUUGCUCAGAUCAAGGCCAAGCGCUUUGGAGACAAGCAGGGGAAACUGGUCAUGUACGGUGAUGAUACGUGGUUGAAGCUAUUCCCAGACUUCUUUGAGCGGGCGGACGGCACGAGCAGUUUCUUUGUUUCGGAUUUCACCGAAGUGGACAACAAUGUGACAAGACAUGUUCCUAACGAGUUGCUGAACGACGACUGGAAUGCCAUGAUCAUGCACUACCUGGGCCUCGAUCAUAUUGGACACAAGGCUGGCCCGAAGAGUCCGAACAUGGUCCCCAAGCAAAAGGAGAUGGACGAAAUCGUACAUACCAUAUACGCGGCCAUCGAAAACGAAGACCACCUAGCCAACGCACUGUUCGUACUGUGUGGUGAUCACGGUAUGAACGAAGGUGGUAAUCACGGCGGCUCGUCGCCUGGCGAAACAUCGCCAGCGCUCGUCUUCAUGAGCCCGAAACUGACAAAGAUUACUCAAAAUCGGCCGAAAAUUCAGAGCCCUACGCAACCCAAGUCAGAGGGCGAGUUCGACUAUUACAGGACCGUAGAACAAAGCGAUAUUGCACCGACACUGGCAGGUCUGCUUGGGUUCCCGGUACCGAAGAACAAUCUUGGUGUAUUUCUUAGCGAGUUUAUGGCGUUUUGGGAUGGUGAUUCGGAUCGCAAUCAGCUGCUGUACAGGAACGCGAGACAGAUCAAGCGUAUUGUCGAAGCUACGUAUUCAAGCCAGACUUUCGCGGACGAAGUUCCGUCUGUGGAAAGCAGCAAAACGGAGUGCGAUCACUCAGACAGCGGAGAGAAGCUUGCUUGUCGGUGGAGUAACAUCGUUAACAGCAUGGCGUACGACGAUGACGAUUCAAAACAAAGCCAUGUUAACAAAUUUAUGCACGACGCCCAAGAAAUAAUGUCUAGCGCAGCAUCCAACUACGACGUCCCACGAUUGUUUCUCGGAACGGCGCUCGCAUCACUCAUCCCAGUGCUGACUAUCUUCACGCUUCCAUCCUUGCAACCUCUAUCAUCAGCUGGCUUGUACUACUUUCUUACUCUCGCGCUGUACGCUGUGCUUAUGUUCGCAUCUUCCUAUGUUGAGGAAGAGCACAAUAUCUGGUACUGGAUCACGUCGGGCUGGUUCUUCUCUCUAUUCCUGCAUAGUAUGCGAAACAAGAAGAAAAGCGCAGCGUUCUUCCACCCGGCCCUUAUGGUAUUGGUCGUUCAUAGAAUCAUCCGACGAUGGAACCAGACCGGCCAGAAAUUCGCGGGCGCUGACGACAUCGUAACAAGCGGCAUCUUCCACGGCAGUGGCUCGAUAAUGCUGUGGUUGCUGAUUGGUACAACAUAUCUGGAUGUCACGAACCGCAUCUCCGCACACAUCGCACGCUCUGUGGUCACGCUGAGCAACCCCUUGUACAGAAGACAGGUGGAUCCGCAGCCGUUGGACCACCACCGUAUGACGGGUGCGAUGAUUGCAUUGCCGCUUUGCGGAGUAGCAUUCCUUUUCAAGCUUGCAUUCACUGCGAAAGACGCCCCCGAGCUUACGUACAGCAUAACGCCGGCCCUGAUGGCGUGGGUCGGAGCGAUGGAUCUCGUUGGGCUUGCGCGGACUGUGUUCGGGGGCAUUGCACUCGUCUUCGCAUGGAUUUUGUAUGCCGAAUACCAGCGCUCGGCGCGGCGAGCAGAGCGGAAUAUCAAGGGCCAAGGCGACCUAGCAACCGCUUUCUUCGACCUGUUCACGCUUUUCCUCUUGACGCAGACAAAAGCGCAGAACAUCCCUCUCUACCUCCUCUUCCGCUUCCAAAUCUUCUUCCUGUCACGCCUCGCCCUCACGCCAACCCAAACCACACUCACAAGUCUCCUACUAAGCCAGACAUCCUUCUUCGCGCUCGGCCUCAACAACAGCAUAUCCAGCGUCGACCUCGCAAACGCCUACAACGGCAUCAGCGGCUACAACGUCCUCGCCGUCGGACUCCUCGUGUUUCUGUCCAACUGGGCAGGCCCGGUGUACUGGUCCCUGGCCGGCGUUCUGCUGCUCGGCGGCCACGAGUCCGUGCUUGAUGGUGCGAAAGUGCAGCCAGCGGCGAAGAAGGAGAGGAGCUGGGUGCAGCACGAGCACGAGUACUUGCAUGCGCUUGCUAAGCCUAAGAUAUCGUCUGAUGGGGAUGGAGAUGGUAAGGCGCGAGCAGGUCUGUGGUUGCAGCAUGUUAAGCUGCUGACGCUGUUUACGGGCAUUAUGCUGGCAAGUGUUAUGGCGAGUUGUACGGCGCUGAGGACGCAUUUGUUUAUCUGGACGGUGUUUAGUCCGAAGUAUCUGUUCGCGAUGGCGUGGGGGGUGGCGUGGCAUUUGGGUGUUACGGUGGGAUUGGGUGGGUUGGUGUGGUGGUUUGGGCGGUGGUGAGCUUCUCUCUCGAACUGUGUGUGCUGUUAAAUCGAGAUUAGAGAGUUCUCUCUCAGCUGUAUAGAAUAGGGGGGCAGAGAUGAGAAGAAAAUAGUCUGUGUUAUAGAAUAAUGUUCAUGCUAUUCCUAUGUUA